AACCUUUGACAACAAAAUGUGACGUGGCUAGAAUUGUGGGGCAGAAAAAGUAAACAAGAAAACCUGCUGCAUUUUGGAGAAGUUAGAUGUUUUUAACGCUUAGCUACAGAAGUAUAAACUGUAAUACAGGAGGGUAAUUGUUUUGUUUCAGGAAAGAAACAACAAGAAGGCUAAUACCUGCUAACACUUAAGGUAUGCUCUGAGACAUUGGUAAGAUGUCAGACGGUGAAGCUUCUGGAGCAGCAGCUGUGGAAGCUCCUGAGAUGCAGGACGCUUCUCCCGCUGGAACACCAGACAGCUCCUCCCCAUCCACACCUGACAUCUCCACCGACGUAGCCCCGACCAGGAAAGCCAGGAGGAAAACAGCAGCCAAGCCCAAAGCUGAAGUCGAGGAGGAGCCCAAGGCAGAGGAGCAGCCAGCAAAGACGCCCAGUGAGUCCACUGUGUCUCAGGGGGGUUGGGGAUACUGGGGCAGCUGGGGCAAAUCCAUUCUGACCACAGCAACGGCCACAGUGGCCACCGUGGGCCAGGGGCUCACUCAGGUGAUCGAGAAGGCAGAGACGUCUUUGGGAAUCCCGAGUCCGACCGAACUGUCAGCCCAGGCUCCAGAAGAACAGAAACACGAGGGCGAGUCCAGCGGCGAGGAGGAGCGUGCUGCGAGCGACGGGUCAUCAUCAGCAGUGGGGGGUGCAAUGGAAAUGUUGUCGUCUCUCACCAACGUGGUCCACAUAACCGGGAAGACGGUGAUUAGCGGAGGUCUGGACGCUCUGGAGUUCAUCGGGAAGAAGACCAUGGAUGUGAUAGCUGAAGGUGACCCCGGCUUCAAGAAGACCAAAGGACUGAUGAGCAGGAACGCCACUCUGUCACAGGUGUUGCGGGAGGCGAAGGAGCGAGAGGAGCUGCAGACGACAGAAAAAGACUCCUCAGACUCUGAGAAGAAGGUGGUGGCACACUACGGGAUGCUGUUCGAUGAGUAUCAGGGUCUGUCACACCUUGAAGCUCUGGAGAUUCUGUCCCGGGAGAGCGAAUUAAAGGUGAAGUCCGUGUUGACGACUCUGUCAGGAGACGAGCUGGUCCAGCUCAGAGCCGAGCUGGGCCGGAUCAAAGACUUGUUCUCCAUGAUGGAGUUUGACGAGGAGGACGUUGACGAGAACAAAGAUGAAGACGGGGCGGAGUUUGAGCAGGAGUUGAUGGAAGCUCUGGAGGGUCUGAGUGUUUCUGCCACAGCUGACAAACUCAGCAAGGCCUGCAAGAAGACUUGCGUCUCCAUCAAGGACAUGAACAAACCUCAGAGUGAUGAAGACGGCGAUGAAGAGCUGAAGAGAACACACUCUGUGGAGGAGGUUCACGGCGCGGCCAUCAGGAGUCUGGCUGAGCUGACGGCCCGGUCCAUCGAGCUGUUCCACAAACUGGCUGAGAUGAUCCUGUCCUCCACCGGCAGCACCGAGGCCGGCGUCUUGUCCCAAUUAACUGUCGUCCUGUGUAAAGAAAUCUCACUGCUGUCCAAGAAGUUCACUUCCUGUUUGACCACGGUGGGGAGCGCUGAGAAGGGCGACGUCCUGAACCCGCUCAUAACCGGAGUGUUUCUGGAGGCGUCCAACAGCGCGUCUUACAUCCAGGACGCCUUCCAGCUCCUCAUGCCCGUCCUGGAGCUCUCCCACAUCCAGAGGAGAGCAGGGACCUCGGAGCAGUGACCAGGUGGGAGACCUCACCCGCUGCCGCCGUGACGACGGGACUCUCCCAGCACAGAACUGACGCGUCGUUUCGUAACUUUUAAACGUAAAAUAAUCCUUUCUGUGUGGAAGGAGAAGCAGGUUUCUGUCAGUGUUGAUCUUUUAUUUUGAAGGGCAGUCGGUGGAUGUGUUUCAGUCCAGACGAACUGGUUCUGGAUCUGCAUCUUCUGAGACCAGCAGAAAAGAAAAGUAAAGGGCAAGAAGCAGCUCGUUGUUCUGCUUUUAACGUGUUCAGAUCUGCCUCAAACAGCACUUUGUUUAUGAAAGAACACUUUGUUUCAAGGAAUAAAUCACCAGAAUUAAAUGUUUCAAUAAAAAUUCAUCUAAUGCUCUUUCCUG